UAUCGGUAUCUGUUUCCUCUCAGUAUCGGUUUCUCCUUUACCUCACAAUAAUCACUCAGUCACCUCAUCUGAAAUCUGAUUUGACUCCUUGCCUAAACUUAAUGACUUAGAACGGAGCUCUGUCUAGUUGUUGAUAGCAAGCUAUUAGAUUCAGUUGGUCCUAGAGCUGUAUUGCUCUGGUCCUGACCAGCAUCCGUCUGUACUCCUGUCUGUCACUGAAGACUCUUAUGACUCAGCAGCACUGGUAUUCUGCCUCUCACCACAGUAACACACUUUAUGCUCCACUGGCUGCAACACAUAAUCAUUUCUGUCAUUUUGAUUGUCCAGAAUUCUCUUUCAGUUUUAUUAGGCACGGUUUAAUGUACAGAACACAGAACUAAUACUGCUUUUUUUCAGAGAGAUCAAUGAGACCACACUUCCUGACUACACCGCUGAAGACUUCCUCUUGCCGGCAGUCCUUUACAGAGAACAACAGCUUCAGCUGACACACACCACCUCCAACACACCCCUCCUACACUAACAUGCCUCAUCCACACACUGUUCACACACACACAUACACACACUCAGCCAGACUACAAGCAGCAUGUAUGCGUUCAGGAAACUUUUCAUUUCAUGUGUGGUCAUGUUAUGGAUGAACUGGACUCUUUCUGAAGUUCCUUAUUGGUGUUGUUUUGAAAGAUUCACCAACAAGUCAGUGAUGUUCACAGUGAACACCACAAAACAUUGUAUUGAAUACAUCUGGAAAAAUGAGGAAACACCCAUAGCUGAUGAAAAGAACAAUGUGGACUAUGUUGUCCAUAAGGGACCAAACUGGAUUCUUCUUAAUGGGAACGUCUCUGGGAUUAACUUCAGGUGUAUGGAUCCAGAUAAUGAGAUUAUCACACGUCAGUGCACAGAUCCGUGUGACUCUGGAAAGGCUGAUACGUUCAUGGAUGUUGAUAGCGACCAUGACGACGGACAUGGAGGUGAUGGAGGUGACGGAGGACGUGGAGGUGACGGAGGACAUGGAGGUGAUAGAGGUGACGAAGGACCUGGAGGUGAUGGAGACCCUGAUUCCAAGGCUGUCAUUGCCAGCGUAGCUGUCAUCAGUGUAGCUGUCAUCAGCGUAGCUCUCGCCAUCAUCAUAUGGAAAUCAGGACGUUACAGGAGAUGCUGUGCUAACAGACCUGAAGCUAACCAUGCUAAUGGAGGGUUCCAGGCUGUAGGUCAGGUGGACCAACAGGAGUCCAACGUGUGAUCUACUGGAACCUGGUUUAGAGUUACACUGGCUGUAGAUCAUUAGUGCUCUUUGCUUUAUUUCCUUUGUUUUCCUGUGAUGACUCAUACAGCUGUGCACAGCUGUAAUCUUGUAGAAGAAUGAUGAGUGAAUCAUCAGUUUGUUUCUCAGAACAGCUUCAGUAGCUCUUAUUCUUUUACACACUGUGAUAUAAACUGUGUCUAUGUAUUGUGGAAGGUAUUAUAUUAUAUUAUAUUAUAAUUAUAUUAUAUUAUAUUAUAUUAUAUUAUAUUAUAUUAUAUUAUAUUAUAUUAUAUUAUAUUAUACAGUACUGGUGUGAAGUCAGUACUAUAUUUUAGGUUAAUAGACAAUUUAUUUCACAUCAUUUAAUGCCAUUGUGAGAUUUUUCUUUUUUUCUUUCGCUUAAGCUUGACCAUUAAA